AUGCGCAACCCCGGACUUCCGGGUUGGGAGCCAGGGCCGAAACGGGACGCUGCGAGUGGGGGUCCUGGCGGCGGGGCGGGCCGCGGGCCCAGAUCGGGGAUGCACCGCCGCGGGGUGGGAGCUGGCGCCAUCGCCAAGAAGAAGCUUGCUGAGGCCAAGUAUAAGGAGCGGGGCACCGUCCUGGCCGAGGACCAGCUGACCCAGAUGUCAAAGCAGCUGGACAUGUUCAAGACCAACCUGGAGGAGUUUGCCAGCAAGCACAAGCAGGAGAUCCGGAAGAACCCCGAGUUCCGAGUGCAGUUCCAGGACAUGUGCGCGACCAUCGGGGUGGACCCCCUGGCCUCUGGAAAAGGCUUUUGGUCGGAGAUGCUGGGUGUGGGCGACUUCUACUACGAGCUGGGCGUGCAGGUCAUCGAGGUGUGCCUGGCACUGAAGCACCGCAACGGAGGUCUCAUAACGCUGGAGGAGCUGCACCAGCAGGUGUUGAAGGGAAGGGGCAAGUUCGCGCAGGACGUCAGCCAGGACGACCUGCUCAGGGCCAUCAAGAAGCUCAAGGCGCUGGGCUCAGGCUUCGGCAUCAUCCCAGUGGGCGGCACCUACCUCAUCCAGUCUGUGCCUGCGGAGCUCAACAUGGACCACACCGUGGUGCUACAGCUGGCCGAGAAAAAUGGGUACGUGACAGUCAGUGAGAUCCGGGCCAGCCUCAAGUGGGAGACAGAGCGUGCGCGCCAGGUGCUGGUAGCUCAAGUUCAGGCCAAGGCCAACCCGGGCAGCGAGGCUUGGCUGCCACCUUGGGCCGCCUCUCACCACGACUGUGGCUUCUCCCCAGGAGCACCUGCUCAAGGAGGGGCUGGCCUGGCUGGACCUGCAGGCCGUUGGCGAGGCACACUACUGGCUGCCCGCGCUCUUUGCCGACCUCUACUCACAGGAGAUCACAGCUGAGGAGGCCAGUGAGGCGCUGCCAUGACUCGGCCUCCCCGAUCCCAUCCCACUGAGGUGCAUGGCGGUGCACAGGAGGGACCUGGACAAUCUUGUUUCUAGAAAAUAAAGUUCCAAGUUUUUUCUUCUCCC